AUCAAGCACCGGUUAAAAAUAAAAAAAAAACUCUAUAACUCAAUGGUGGGGGGCAGCAUACACGUGGAAAUCGAACUUGGCUCAGCUGUUUUGAUUUUCUUUUAUGUUGGAAAUUUACCCAUUUGACUUUCUCUUCUUCAACCAACGGGACAGAAGAGGGAAAGGAAAAACAGAAGUUAUUUCGGCAGAUCGUCAAAGACUAAAGAGAGCAUUGAGCGCUAAAGCAUGGAUAACCCUCGCAAGCGUUUGUGCCAAAGAGAUAAGGAAUCAGAAUCUGAAACAGACCAGUUGUAUUUCAAUGGCUAUGCUAGUAUAGAAGUACAUGAAGAGAUGCUUAUGGACACUGUCCGCACAAUGACCUACAGGGAGGCAAUUCUCAAGAAUCAGGAAUUAUUUAAAGACAAAGUCAUUGCUGACAUUGGUGCUGGUACAGGAAUUCUUAGUAUAUUUUGCAUUCAUGCUGGUGCCAAGAAAGUGUACGCCAUUGAAGCUAGCAACAUGGUAGUUCAGACACAACUUGUCAUCAAAGAGAAUGGCAUGGACUCAAAGAUAUCUGUGAUAAAAGGAAAAGUGGAGGAUAUUGUUCUUCCUGAGAAAGUUGACAUCAUUGUCAGUGAAUGGAUGGGUUACUGCUUGUUGUAUGAAUCUAUGCUGAAGUCUGUUAUUCAUGCACGUGAUACAUGGCUCAAAUCGAAUGGUUAUUUAUUUCCGUCUACUGCUACCCUUUAUAUUGCCCCUUUUGUAGAUGAAGAUUAUGAAGAUAGGCUUGGUCUUUGGGAAGAUAUGGCCAGUCGAUACAAAGUUGCUAUGAAAAGCAUGAUCCCAUUUGCCAAGAAAUGUAUUUCAGCUAAUGUCGAACUGAAACAGCUGAUGAUGGAAGACAUAGUUGCCCCACCAGUUCAAGUUUGUUCCUUGGCUAUCCACCAAGUGACGCUACACGACAUAGAAAACAUUCAACAGAAUUUUGAGUUCAAAUGCUACGGCUGGAAUCGUGUUCACGGUUUCAGUUUGUGGUUUGACGUUGAAUUCCCAGGAAACAUAAUACUCUCAACGUCACCAUUCACAGAAUUAACACACUGGUCCCAGGUUGUGCUGUAUGUCCACGAACCAUUCCAAACUGUACAGGAUACAACAAUCAAAGGCAAAAUCAAACUGGAGAAGGGUAAACAACCAAGGGACUUGGCCAUACAACUGAAGUUUGCAGUUGAUGACAGUGAGAUGAAGGAGCAACUUUAUGAUACUGGCUACUGGACCACUGGAAUAUCAGCUGUCAUUUCACCAGACAGAUAACUUGCUUGGAAAAUGUUUGCAUGGAUGUGUGUGUGUAUUCUAGUAUUAUCAUUAUUCAUUAACAUUAUUAUUAUAAUGGCAGUGAGCUGGCAGAAUCAUUAGCAUGCCAGACAAAAUACUUAGUGGCAUUUUUUCCAGCUC